UAUUGACUUUAAAUUUUCUGCACCAGGCGAAUCGAAUUUCAAGGCAAAACGGUAGGGAAAGCGUUGACGGGAGAAAUGUGCAGGGAGAAGACGUCGGUGGGUGUGGUGUCAGAUGAUGGUGAUGACUACGGCAAAGUCGGUCAUAUUCUGGCACAUGAGAUGGGGCAUAACCUGGGUAUGAAACAUGACAAUGUGGCCCAGAAAAUACUCGGCCAGCAGUGCCACUGUUCAACUGAGUUGUGUAUCAUGCACCACGGAGUCAGUGCAACAUAUGACCCCAAGCUGGCCUGGAAUUCCUGUAGUAGAAAAUUCAUCGACAACAUGUUGGAAACUACGGCCUUGGACUGCCUGAAGAACGUCCCCACGACUGUGUUUAUCUCUGGCAGCUGCGGUGACGGCGUGGUGGACCCUAACGCCGGGGAGCAGUGUGACUGUGGCCCCGUUGAGUUCUGUGACAACCGCUGCUGCGUCGCCGCCACCUGCCGCCUCGCUGUCAACGCUUCCUGCGCCACUGGGUCAUGUUGUGACACUCAGACGUGUGAACCUAAGGAGUCGGGGAACAUGUGUCGUGCCGCUUCCUCCGAUUGUGACCUCCCCGAAUACUGCUCAGGUCACUCCGAGUACUGCCCUGACGACGUCCACAAGAAAGAUGGCGUUACCUGCAGGUGGGGCAAGGGUCACUGUCAUCAAGGAGGGUGUGGUAGCCACGAGGGACGGUGUGAACACGUGUGGGGGAUCAACGCUCAGGUUGCUCAUCACAAGUGCUACUCCAACUUCAACAGCAAGGGCAACGGAGAUGGCAACUGUGGCAAACACCCCAAGUACGAUCAAUAUCUACCAUGCACUCCCAAAACACAACACUGCGGUACCCUACACUGCAUCCCUCCCAGUUACAGCAAGACGCGCUUCGACGACCCUCACCACAACUCCACAGACCAGGUGGAUGGUCAUACCUGCAGUUUUAUCAUCGCCUACGAAGCUUACCCUGCCCAGGACUGGCUCUCUCCCGACGGUGCCGCCUGUGGGACUGAUAAGAUGUGUAUCAACCAGAAGUGCGUCAUGAUCCCUUCUGCUGGCGGGGACUGUGCUGGCGGGUGUUCCGGACAUGGCGUUUGUAACAACCUCGAUCACUGCCACUGUGACCCUGGCUACAGCCCCCCAAGCUGCUUAUUCCCUGGUACUGGGGGGUCUAUAGACAGUGGGGCGGUAAGUGAAGCACAAGACUACAGUGGGGUGAUCACGGCCUCGUGGGUGUUGGUGACCUUGGUGGUGACGGUGUUGGUGAUCAUGUGCUGCUUCUGGGGUUACAUACGGAGGUGGUGGGAGAGACGGGGUCGCGGCUGUGUAUCCUCGAAACUCCCUUGCUGCGCCUCCUGCAUCGACACCUGCUGCUGCCCGAUCAUGACGAAGUUCACCCACUGGCUGGUGACCGUCGGCUCGUCCCGGGAGAAAAACCGAAGUGUCAAGAAAGAAAUUCACACAGGAGACGCCGAGGAAGGAGUGGACGAAGCUAUGGUCUGCUCCGUCGACGUGGAUUUUAAGGGAGUAUCUCACACCAACUCCUGGGGCGUGGCGGACCAGAAGCUGGUCACAGAUGUGAUCACAAUCACGCCCAAAAAUUCUCCGGAUUUACGGAGGAAGAUCCAGCUGCCCUCAAAUUCACCAGUUCUUCACCGGAAGUCUGUAGACAGUCUCGACCGUCCAAACUAUUUCCAAUCUGUCUCAGUAGACUCCGGUUGCGUGUCUGAUUCUGACGAAGGCAUCUCAGGCAAACAUUCCCCAGUGCACAUGUCGAUGACCAGUCUGAUUAGUGCCUUCAGGAGGUUUAACACGAAACGUGGUACAACGCCACCGGAAAAUGACUCACGACGAUCUAGAAACUUGGGGAGUCUGAAAUCGAUGCCACUUAGUCGGUUUGUUGUGGAUCCUCUGGCGGGGAGUCGCAGCUCCAGGCAGGUCACACCUCCCCCAGACCACAUGAAGCAUGGCUUCCGCCGCUCCAUCUCUACUGACGUUACCAGAGGGCGGCAUGGAGGGGCCCCACCACCCCCUCCACCCUCACUCAAGCCUCACAAGAGCGACGACAACUUAAUAAGCAGCAAUAAGUUGGCUAAUAAUCAUUUUCUUUCAUCCGAGAAUGGAAAUAUACACAAAAUUAAUUCAGGCACUCAAUCUGGCUCCCGUAGCCAUCAUUCUUCUGAUGACGGGUCAGGAGUGGACUCCCAGGCUGUGAGGAAACCAAUAAUGCCUUUCAAGAAAUCUCUCUCGCCGCUAAAACCUUCUCCUCCUCUUCCACCACUGGCGAAAUCGAAACCGUACACCGCCAGUGUGGGCAAGAACAGCGCCACGAACCGUCAGAAUGGCAACAUCAACAAAGUUCCUCUCAAGCCUCCACAGAUUAUGACGUCAAACAACCAAUUAAGAACUGGAGGGUCAGCGGCCAACAACACAACAAAUUCUGGAAACACAACCAAGAAGAAAAAUGUGCUGGACAUGGCGCGAAAAUUUGAAGCCUUGUGAGACACUUGCGGAAAACAAAUACAAAUAGAACAGUUUGUUGACUCCUCUGUGAGACGACCAGUAGCGUCUUCCGAGGCGAAAAUAAGGAAACAUGUGAUGAAAUGUUGAAUAUUUUCUGAAGCAUGACGACUCAAGGUCUGAUGGUGAAUCUCAUAACAUUUUCUAGUCAAAGACAAACUCAUCAACAGUUACCAAAGACUCAUGAAUUGUCUAGUGUCUGCUUGGUGGUUGUAUUUAAAGUGUAAACUAUCACAGAACACGACCUUUUGUUAUGAUAAUUCAAGACAGGUCAAACAAGUGAAUUUAAAACGUGUAUCAUUUAGGUUUAGCAUUACGUCAACCCAGCCGGUCUCUCACUGCCAGUCACC